GAUGGAUCAGCAAGAACUACCCAAGAAAGCAGCUGAUAUACUAGAUUUGUCGGUUCUGCCAUUAGGGGAGGAGUCAGAUUUGAAUUAUCAUAGCGAUGCAUGGCAUAGCUCAAUGCUACAGAUAUUUGAUCUUAAGGAAACCCAUUCAAGGACUAAUACCCUGAUCAAGCAAUCCCUGGGGGCUGGCAUGUCAGAAAAGGAGAAGAAGAUUCGCAAAGAGCUAGAGAUGGAGAUAGAAAGGGAUUUGGAGGAAGAGAUUAAAAAUGGAAUAUACCAUCAUGCUCUCAGGUUGCACCGAUUUUAUCAUGAUCAGCACAAAAAGGAAAGGAAUAUUGCAAAAGAAGUACUACCUGGAUUUGAGACACGAAGUCAACAAAGAAAAGAUAACACAACAGUACUUCUGGAAGUGAACAUAAGCAUAAGAAUGGAAGGAGGGACCAAAAUUGAAAUAAAAGAGAUCAAGAAAGAAGCUGAUGAUCAUGAGAAGGGCCGGCCUCGGACUUCUAGAUCAGGAAAAAUGCCGGCACCGCUGGUUCCCACUACCAAGAAGUUCGAUUGGGUGAAGACUCUGCGAUCCAAUGCCGGCCCGGCUGCCAUUGAUAGAAAAAAUGGCAGCUUACAUCAGGCUAAAACACUAAGCAAUAACCAUUGCCGCUAUUCGAAUCUCAACCUAAACAAUCCAGGGAGAAAUGGGCAGCCCAAGGCCAAGGCAGAUGUUGGUAACAAAUUACUUGGACUGGGAUGGAAAAAUUGAGAUCGAUCACUUCGGUUUUCUGGCAUGAAAAUAAAUGAAUAACAAUACUAAUAAUGUAAUGUUUGUUUUUGGGACCCGAUGUUGUUUUCUGGAAUUAUUUAUAGUAAGUACGGUGAUUAUGAAAAGAAUGUUGUCUCUAAAUCUGCUUAGUUCGAUCUCCAUGUAAU